AUGGUUAAGGGCCGGUUGGCGGUGCCGACAAGCCCCACAAUCAAUACAGGGGGAACUUUGGAUUAUGCGUUAGCGUCGGCCAGUCUAGCGCCGGCCAUUACACUUACUCCUUGUUGGGACGUUCCGUUCAAACCCCACGCUGCGGUUACCGUUGAGCUGAGGCUUGAGGUUGUGGACCUGCCUCUCCGGCAACUGAAGGGAUUCUCCCUUGAGCCAACCGCAUCAUGCCCUGAUGAGUUGCAUCUCCCUGAGGCUCAAGCACGUGGUUUGUGGGAUACCUCCCAACCACUUGACCAUGAGUGGGCUUCCUUCAGUGCUGGGGUUGAGGAGCAACUCUUUUCUGCUGCUGCGGGUCGUGGGUGGAAACUGGAAGACACGUUCCUUCCCCUUGUUAAAACCAGCAGCCCGGAAAAAAUUUGGAAAGGCUCGAGGCCGGCCUUUUGGCAAUCCUUCCUCCUCUGGACUUCGAAAGCACUUGGAAGUAACCCUGAAGUCAGAGUGAUGUCGCUCUUCACUCAGGCGAGAACAAGGAUGAACGAUCACUGGAUCGACAUGCCACCACACACUCUCCAAGCCUUGGAAUGCCUGCUUGAUGCAGAUGACCUUCAAAGUCACACGCAAGCUCUUGACAUCAUUGGGCUCCAAGGGCGAGCCGCUCUGAAGGAAGCCGUCAAGCAGAGUGAAGAGGCCUAUAGUCAAUGGCUGGAAGCGGCGUGUAAAGGGGGUAUGAGAGGUCUGUAUAGGGCUCUUAAGUCUGUGGACGUGAUUCCGGACAGACCGUACAGACACAUUCCCCUUGAAAUUCGACCGCACAUACGCAGGGCACAUUGGGCUGAAGUAUGGCGGCCUCUGCCAGGCAAUGGAGACAACCUCUUAAUUGAUUGGCACGAGUUACAACACGCAGCAGUUGCCCAAGCCAGGACGCUCCAGCCGAUUACUGGCUCUAUGGUUGAGAAAGCCAUUAAGAAAAUGCCCCAGAAAGCCAUUGGUGCUGACGGUUGGAGUGUACAGAUGCUGCAGAAGUUGGCCCCAGUGCAAUUGGAAAGGUUGGCUGCGUUCUUCAACACUUGGGAACGUCAGGGUGGUUUCCCGGCCCAACUUUCUCUUGUUCUUGUCGCUCUCAUCAACAAGUCUGAGGAUGAGGAGCGACCGAUUGGACUGACUCCUGUGCCAUAUCGCUUAUGGGCCAAACUCCGAUGGCCGGUCUUCAAAGCAUGGCUUGAUAAGUAUGCCGCCACCCAAGACUGGGACCGCGCUAAGAAGGGCUUAUCAAGUCUUGAUGUUGCGUUGCGCCGUAAAAUGUCUCAUGAGAUCCUGUACCGGAAAAAGAGACACGGUGUAACGGUGCUUUUGGACCUUAAAGCAUUUUAUGAAAAUGUCUCUCACCACACUUUUGUGGCCCAGGCCCUUGCCCUUGAGGUACCCCCGCUCAUUUUAAAUGCUGCAAUCUCACUUUACAGUGCGCCGAGAUGGAUCAGUGCUGAAAAGUGUAUCUCUGGGCCUCUCAAGCCGACGAAGGGCUUGGUAGCUGGUUGCCCCUUUGCCCCGGGACUCAGCAAGAUCCCCUUCGACAGCAUCUUACGCCCGGCAUGGAAUACGGGGCUUGCCAAAACCAUUGACCUUUAUGUCGAUGACACUAGUUUUGACACUGAAGCUGCUAGCCCUGAGCUAGCUGCGCGCAGGGCAGCGCAGCUGUACAAAGCUGUGGUGGGGGGCUUAGAGCAAGCUGGACUUCCCAUCAGCAUUGGCAAGACGGCCUUUGUGUGUUCGUCAAAGAAGGUCGAGGCUGCCUUAAAAGGGUACCUUCCUGAGUCUGAACAAAUCAAGGAUGCUGCCAAGGAUUUGGGCAUUGAUUGCACUGCUGGUCGAAGGAGACGUAUCCCGGUGCACCGGAAAAGGAUGCACUGGCUGCGUGCCUCCUUCGCGCAUGAAUUGGGGCGCAUGUCGCUGGGUUCGGUGGAUCUGACGAUCGACCAUGCUGCACCUAAGAGACCGGACCCGGCUUACACGAUUAUCUCCCAGCACUUCAAAGCGAUCCACCGGUUGCUGUGUUUUAUCCCUGACAGGCAAAAACAGCAUUUUGAUGACAUACUGCCUGACAUGUGGAUGGAGUACCAGCAAGCCGAAUAUCCCUGGAAGCGCGCUGCUGGUCCAGUAGGGGCACUGCUGUGUUACCUGGUUGACUUGGGUUGGACCCCGGUCAGUGCGUCAGCAUGGAAAUGCCCGGAAGGCACAUGCCAGAUCACCACUAAGGCUGCCGCCGCAGCACAAAACAUCGCUCAUGGCGGUGUGGCAGGGUGCAAUCCGGGCAGAUCCAUGUGCGACCUGCCUCACAUGCGGAUGCGCUGCAACCUCCCAGAGCCUCCUGCUUUUGAAAGAUUCAGAAAAGAGUGGCCGAUUUCCUCCUUGUGGUCUAGGGGGAUGACCCCGGCUACCUCCUACCCUGACGAUGGCCAAUGGGUGCGCACAACGGGAGCGUGGAAUGAAUCUCAGCUCAUCAGUGGAGAAGGGGUUUAUUUCGCCACCGAUGGCUCCCCAGGCCGAUCCAAAGAUGUCCGAUUUCAUCGCUAUACGUGGGCUGCAAUUGCCUUUAGACUGGAUGAUGCUGAACCCGCUGUUAUUGCAACGGCGGUUGGUACCUUGCAAACCCCGCUUUCGGUGUUCCGGGCGGAGGCGGCUGCUGUUAAAUUUGUUGCCGAGCACACUCAAGGGGAUGUUGACCUCACAAUGGAUUGUAAAGGGAUUAUCCCUAGGAUCCAGGGGAAACCUUCCAUCCAGUCGGCUGAUCUUUUUGAGCCAAUCAGGGAGCAUUCCCACAGAAUCCGCCCCACUUGGAUUGCGUCGCACCUUUCGGUUCCCAAGUUCAUUGCGCGGUUUGGUGCCAACCAACUCUGGCGUAGGCGGGCCAAUGAGCUGGUCGACCGCCUGGUGGGUGAAGCGGCUGAACAAAGAAGAGAUCCACUCUAUGAGUCCAGCAUCAAGAAGCUGGAUGCUGUGAUCACUCAGGUCAACACCUUGUUGGCCAAGCGCUCUGCAGCCCUUCUCUCUUAUGACAAGGACCAGGGCCCUCAGGUGCAGUGGCCGGAUAAGGUGAGUAAAGUUGCAACGGCUAGUUCCAAAAAGGCGAAGGAGGUGACUGACACUGGUGUUAGGAGUGUGAAGUCUUUCUUCCAGCCUACGGCCAGUCAGGACGAGCAAGCUCCUGAGCCCGGGCCACAACACGUGCAACCCCCUGAGCCCUUGGUGGAUAACCAGGACAGCUGCUCUGAAGAAAGCGAGGAGGAGCCAAUGGUGCCUGAUCCCAUUGUGCAUCCGGACCCUCCCCCAGCACCGCCUGCUGCGCCUAUGCUGCCCGCCCCGUUGAACUUUGAUGGUAUGGAUCAGGAAGCGGGCGCAGCCUUUGCUAUUGCUGAGAGGGCUCGCAAUACCAAGCCAGGAUUGGUGGCUUUCAAAUCCGAUCUGGGCUAUGCUGGUGUCUUCCAGGCCCUCCCCAAGGACCUGAUCCACGUGUGGUUCAAUGACACGGGGGACAGCACUGCGGCGUAUAUCCACAAUGGAAGAACCAGGUAUGGAUAUGAUGUUGGCGGUGGCUACGUCUUGAAGGUUGGGACGAAGCAGGCGUUUGGGGAUGAGGUGGCGAUUUCGGCCUUGCUUCCUAAGGUGGCAGCCACCAUCAUUGGGGCUGGAUCUACGACACUGCAGGUGCUGCUCUCUGGGCGACCAUGGGAGUUCAGGUCCCAUUUGGUGGCGUGGUCGAUGGUGGAAAAAGUCGAGCUCCUCACGGAUUUUGGUUCUAGGAACCAGAUCCACCCUCAGUGGUCCUUGUAUGCCUUCGCCCUCCUUUUGCAAUUGCAGGCGGUGGUCCCUUGCCUCAACGAUAUCAUUGCGGUUCUCCCCGCUGCGCUCAAGGCAAACUUGGAAAUCCAAAUGGCCCUUGCCCUUGAGGUACCCCCGCUCAUUUUAAAUGCUGCAAUCUCACUUUACAGUGCGCCGAGAUGGAUCAGUGCUGAAAAGUGUAUCUCUGGGCCUCUCAAGCCGACGAAGGGCUUGGUAGCUGGUUGCCCCUUUGCCCCGGGACUCAGCAAGAUCCCCUUCGACAGCAUCUUACGCCCGGCAUGGAAUACGGGGCUUGCCAAAACCAUUGACCUUUAUGUCGAUGACACUAGUUUUGACACUGAAGCUGCUAGCCCUGAGCUAGCUGCGCGCAGGGCAGCGCAGCUGUACAAAGCUGUGGUGGGGGGCUUAGAGCAAGCUGGACUUCCCAUCAGCAUUGGCAAGACGGCCUUUGUGUGUUCGUCAAAGAAGGUCGAGGCUGCCUUAAAAGGGUACCUUCCUGAGUCUGAACAAAUCAAGGAUGCUGCCAAGGAUUUGGGCAUUGAUUGCACUGCUGGUCGCAGGAUGCACUGGCUGCGUGCCUCCUUCGCGCAUGAAUUGGGGCGCAUGUCGCUGGGUUCGGUGGAUCUGACGAUCGACCAUGCUGCACCUAAGAGACCGGACCCGGCUUACACGAUUAUCUCCCAGCACUUCAAAGCGAUCCACCGGUUGCUGUGUUUUAUCCCUGACAGGCAAACACAGCAUUUUGAUGACAUACUGCCUGACAUGUGGAUGGAGUACCAGCAAGCCGAAUAUCCCUGGAAGCGCGCUGCUGGUCCAGUAGGGGCACUGCUGUGUUACCUGGUUGACUUGGGUUGGACCCCGGUCAGUGCAUCAGCAUGGAAAUGCCCGGAAGACACAUGCCAGAUCACCACUAAGGUCGGCAUGCAUCAUCUACUGUGCUCCCUUGCCUUGGAAACGGAUAGGUGGAGGCAUACUCGCAUUGCCCAGCAGGAUUCCCUCUCGCCCCUCUUGACUGGAAUCGAUUGGCACCCGCUCAAAAAGCUUAGAUGUAGGCUGCCGCCGCAGCACAAAACAUCGCUCAUGGCGGUGUGGCAGGGUGCAAUCCGGGCAGAUCCAUGUGCGACCUGCCUCACAUGCGGAUGCGCUGCAACUUUGAAUCAUGUGCUAUGGGAGUGUUCCUGGUGGCUAACCAACCUCCCAGAGCCUCCUGCUUUUGAAAGAUUCAGAAAAGAGUGGCCGAUUUCCUCCUUGUGGUCUAGGGGGAUGACCCCGGCUACCUCCUACCCUGACGAUGGCCAAUGGGUGCGCACAACGGGAGCGUGGAAUGAAUCUCAGCUCAUCAGUGGAGAAGGGGUUUAUUUCGCCACCGAUGGCUCCCCAGGCCGAUCCAAAGAUGUCCGAUUUCAUCGCUAUACGUGGGCUGCAAUUGCCUUUAGACUGGAUGAUGCUGAACCCGCUGUUAUUGCAACGGCGGUUGGUACCUUGCAAACCCCGCUUUCGGUGUUCCGGGCGGAGGCGGCUGCUGUUAAAUUUGUUGCCGAGCACACUCAAGGGGAUGUUGACCUCACAAUGGAUUGUAAAGGGAUUAUCCCUAGGAUCCAGGGGAAACCUUCCAUCCAGUCGGCUGAUCUUUUUGAGCCAAUCAGGGAGCAUUCCCACAGAAUCCGCCCCACUUGGAUUGCGUCGCACCUUUCGGUUCCCAAGUUCAUUGCGCGGUUUGGUGCCAACCAACUCUGGCGUAGGCGGGCCAAUGAGCUGGUCGACCGCCUGGUGGGUGAAGCGGCUGAACAAAGAAGAGAUCCACUCUAUGAGUCCAGCAUCAAGAAGCUGGAUGCUGUGAUCACUCAGGUCAACACCUUGUUGGCCAAGCGCUCUGCAGCCCUUCUCUCUUAUGACAAGGACCAGGGCCCUCAGGUGCAGUGGCCGGAUAAGGUGAGUAAAGUUGCAACGGCUAGUUCCAAAAAGGCGAAGGAGGUGACUGACACUGGUGUUAGGAGUGUGAAGUCUUUCUUCCAGCCUACGGCCAGUCAGGCGGAGAAGGGUGAGCAAGCUCCUGAGCCCGGGCCACAACACGUGCAACCCCCUGAGCCCUUGGUGGCUAACCAGGCUCAGGGGAUGAGGAAUCCUGGAGUCGUGCUUCGGGAAAAUCCUCAGCUUGAGCAGCGCAAUCCUGUGCACCGCCCCCCAGCCUUGGUGGCAAACCAGGCUGAGAGGGAUGAAGCCCCUGGAAUUGUCCUUCGGGAGAAUCCCCAUGCACCUGGGGCUGGUCCGGUUUUGGGUGCCCCAGACCAGGACAGCUGCUCUGAAGAAAGCGAGGAGGAGCCAAUGGUGCCUGAUCCCAUUGUGCAUCCGGAGCCUCCCCCAGCACCGCCAGCUACGCCUAUGCUGCCCGCCCCGUUGAACUUUGAUGGUAUGGAUCAGGAAGCGGGCGCAGCCUUUGCUAUUGCUGAGAGGGCUCGCAAUACCAAGCCAGGAUUGGUGGCUUUCAAAUCCGAUCUGGGCUAUGCUGGUGUCUUCCAGGCCCUCCCCAAGGACCUGAUCCACGUGUGGUUCAAUGACACGGGGGACAGCACUGCGGCGUAUAUCCACAAUGGAAGAACCAGGUUCGGAUAUGAUGUUGGCGGUGGCUACGUCUUGAAGGUUGGGACGAAGCAGGCGUUUGGGGAUGAGGUGGCGAUUUCGGCCUUGCUUCCUAAGGUGGCAGCCACCAUCAUUGGGGCUGGAUCUACGACACUGCAGGUGCUGCUCUCUGGGCGACCAUGGGAGUUCAGGUCCCAUUUGGUGGCUUGGUCGAUGGUGGAAAAAGUCGAGCUCCUCACGGAUUUUGGUUCUAGGAACCAGAUCCACCCUCAGUGGUCCUUGUAUGCCUUCGCCCUCCUUUUGCACUUGAGCCGUCAUUUUGCUCUUCGUGAUGUGUCAAAAACCAACCUGGGCAUUAAACCAGGACUCAGUGCUGCGACGCCCAUGUUGUGUUUUUUCGAUCUCGCGGAUUGGCACUUCGAAGGGCUCAAUGCUGGAAGUUGGUUUCCCAAGUAUAGCUUGCGCAGUUUCAUCGAGACCCUUCGAUGUGUCUGUGACGUCACGCCGUUGGAGCAGGCAAAGAAGGCCCAGGAGGAGAAAGAUGCCCAGGAGAAGGCAGCACAGGAAAGGAAAGCACAGGAGGAGAAGGAAGCACAGGAAAGGAAAGCACAGGAGGAGAAGGAAGCACAGGAAAGGAAAGCACAAGAGGAGAAGAAGAAGGCAAAGGAGAAGAAGGCACAAGAGGAGAAGGAAGCACAAGAAAGGAAGGCCCAAGAAGAGAAGGAAGCACAGGAAAGGAAAGCACAGGAGGAGAAGGAAGCACAGGAGAAGGAAGAUGAAAGGCAGGCGGUGGUCCCUUGCCUCAACGAUAUCAUUGCGGUUCUCCCCGCUGCGCUCAAGGCAAACUUGGAAAUCCAAAUGGUCCUCAUGAACGGCCUACGGCCGCCUCGUGCUUGUGGUGUAAAAUUCACCUGGAAGUUGGCCCCAGUGCAAUUGGAAAGGUUGGCUGCGUUCUUCAACACUUGGGAACGUCAGGGUGGUUUCCCGGCCCAACUUUCUCUUGUUCUUGUCGCUUUCAUCAACAAGUCUGAGGAUGAGGAGCGACCGAUUGGACUGACUCCUGUGCCAUAUCGCUUAUGGGCCAAACUCCGAUGGCCGGUCUUCAAAGCAUGGCUUGAUAAGUAUGCCGCCACCCAAGACUGGGACCGCGCUAAGAAGGGCUUAUCAAGUCUUGAUGUUGCGUUGCGCCGUAAAAUGUCUCAUGAGAUCCUGUACCGGAAAAAGAGACACGGUGUAACGGUGCUUUUGGACCUUAAAGCAUUUUAUGAAAAUGUCUCUCACCACAGUUUUGUGGCCCAGGCCCUUGCCCUUGAGGUACCCCCGCUCAUUUUAAAUGCUGCAAUCUCACUUUACAGUGCGCCGAGAUGGAUCAGUGCUGAAAAGUGUAUCUCUGGGCCUCUCAAGCCGACGAAGGGCUUGGUAGCUGGUUGCCCCUUUGCCCCGGGACUCAGCAAGAUCCCCUUCGACAGCAUCUUACGCCCGGCAUGGAAUACGGGGCUUGCCAAAACCAUUGACCUUUAUGUCGAUGACACUAGUUUUGACACUGAAGCUGCUAGCCCUGAGCUAGCUGCGCGCAGGGCAGCGCAGCUGUACAAAGCUGUGGUGGGGGGCUUAGAGCAAGCUGGACUUCCCAUCAGCAUUGGCAAGACGGCCUUUGUGUGUUCGUCAAAGAAGGUCGAGGCUGCCUUAAAAGGGUACCUUCCUGAGUCUGAACAAAUCAAGGAUGCUGCCAAGGAUUUGGGCAUUGAUUGCACUGCUGGUCGAAGGAGACGUAUCCCGGUGCACCGGAAAAGGUUUGGUAAGGGGGUUAAGCGUUGCGCUAGGCUUUCGACUCUUCGGGUUAAGUCGACACCUGUCAGGGUCCGUGCUUUAAGAGCGGGAGUGCAAACCGUGGGCAUGUAUGGCCAUGAGUCUGUUGGACUUGCUCCCAAAAGGAUGCACUGGCUGCGUGCCUCCUUCGCGCAUGAAUUGGGGCGCAUGUCGCUGGGUUCGGUGGAUCUGACGAUCGACCAUGCUGCACCUAAGAGACCGGACCCGGCUUACACGAUUAUCUCCCAGCACUUCAAAGCGAUCCACCGGUUGCUGUGUUUUAUCCCUGACAGGCAAAAACAGCAUUUUGAUGACAUACUGCCUGACAUGUGGAUGGAGUACCAGCAAGCCGAAUAUCCCUGGAAGCGCGCUGCUGGUCCAGUAGGGGCACUGCUGUGUUACCUGGUUGACUUGGGUUGGACCCCGGUCAGUGCAUCAGCAUGGAAAUGCCCGGAAGACACAUGCCAGAUCACCACGAAGGUCGGCAUGCAUCAUCUACUGUGCUCCCUUGCCUUGGAAACGGAUAGGUGGAGGCAUACUCGCAUUGCCCAGCAGGAUUCCCUCUCGCCCCUCUUGACUGGAAUCGAUUGGCACCCGCUCAAAAAGCUUAGAUGUAGGCUGCCGCCGCAGCACAAAACAUCGCUCAUGGCGGUGUGGCAGGGUGCAAUCCGGGCAGAUCCAUGUGCGACCUGCCUCACAUGCGGAUGCGCUGCAACUUUGAAUCAUGUGCUAUGGGAGUGUUCCUGGUGGCUAACCAACCUCCCAGAGCCUCCUGCUUUUGAAAGAUUCAGAAAAGAGUGGCCGAUUUCCUCCUUGUGGUCUAGGGGGAUGACCCCGGCUACCUCCUACCCUGACGAUGGCCAAUGGGUGCGCACAACGGGAGCGUGGAAUGAAUCUCAGCUCAUCAGUGGAGAAGGGGUUUAUUUCGCCACCGAUGGCUCCCCAGGCCGAUCCAAAGAUGUCCGAUUUCAUCGCUAUACGUGGGCUGCAAUUGCCUUUAGACUGGAUGAUGCUGAACCCGCUGUUAUUGCAACGGCGGUUGGUACCUUGCAAACCCCGCUUUCGGUGUUCCGGGCGGAGGCGGCUGCUGUUAAAUUUGUUGCCGAGCACACUCAAGGGGAUGUUGACCUCACAAUGGAUUGUAAAGGGAUUAUCCCUAGGAUCCAGGGGAAACCUUCCAUCCAGUCGGCUGAUCUUUUUGAGCCAAUCAGGGAGCAUUCCCACAGAAUCCGCCCCACUUGGAUUGCGUCGCACCUUUCGGUUCCCAAGUUCAUUGCGCGGUUUGGUGCCAACCAACUCUGGCGUAGGCGGGCCAAUGAGCUGGUCGACCGCCUGGUGGGUGAAGCGGCUGAACAAAGAAGAGAUCCACUCUAUGAGUCCAGCAUCAAGAAGCUGGAUGCUGUGAUCACUCAGGUCAACACCUUGUUGGCCAAGCGCUCUGCAGCCCUUCUCUCUUAUGACAAGGACCAGGGCCUUCAGGUGCAGUGGCCGGAUAAGGACCAGCGGAAAGCUCGGGCGAAGCCUCGUGUUCGUGAUUCUGCUGUCAUCAAAACGAAAAAGUUUUCAAAGGAGAAGGGACCUAAUAAGCGGCUGCAACUUGAAAACUUGAUUGCGGGUAAACAACAGCUUGGGCAUGCCUGGGUUGAAGGGAGUCGGAAGCCGUCUAACCUGACUGCUAAAUGUUCGAAGUGUGGACUGUAUAUCCAGCAGACAGACCCCAUUCAUGCCUUCUCCCUUAAGUCCUCGCACCCGAUGGUCAAGGUAGGAGUCCGCAAAAUUCCCUCUUGGAUCGGCCAACCCUGUAAGCCUAAGGUGAGUAAAGUUGCAACGGCUAGUUCCAAAAAGGCGAAGGAGGUGACUGACACUGGUGUUAGGAGUGUGAAGUCUUUCUUCCAGCCUACGGCCAGUCAGGAACCACAUGCCCGGAACGUGCUCCCGAAACCGAAACCCAAAUCAAACUCGAAGCAGUCUGGGCUCAAGCAAGCUAAGAUUGCCUUCUAA